AUGUCUAAGAAGGAAAAGACAUCUUCCAAGGAGGAAGGAGAAGACAAUUACGAGAAGAGGCUGCCGGCCCUUCUUCCAUUUGCCCGUCCAUUGGCACCAAAGAAGCUGAACAAGAAGGUUUUGAAGACGGUCAAGAGGGCCUCCAAAGCUAAGCAUGUUAAGAGAGGUGUAAAGGAAGUUGUGAAAGCUCUCAGAAAGGGUGAGAAGGGACUGGUAAUCAUUGCCGGUGAUAUCUCCCCUCCAGAUGUGAUUUCCCAUAUUCCAGUGCUCUGCGAGGACAGUUCGGUUCCAUACGUCUUCCUACCAUCUAAGGAGGACCUGGGGUCAGCUGGUGCCACUAAAAGACCAACAUCGUGUGUGAUGAUCGUACCUAACGGCUCCAAGGGCAAGAAGGUUGACGCUAAAGCCGCUUCUGAAUACAGCGAAGGGUUUGAUGAGAUAGUGAAGGAGAUCCCUUCGUUGUAA